GUGGCAGGCAGUUGUACGCUGUCGUGGUCGAGCAGACGGGCGAGGAGUUCGACGAGGCGGUCGAGGAGAGGCAGCACGAGGUGCGUGACUUGCUCGAGAAGUUCGACCAAGUCCUCGACGAGCCCAAGGGAUUGCCGCCGCACUGGGAGUUCGACCACCGCAUACCUCUGGUCGAAGAGGGUCGAGCAGUGCACGUGCAUCCCUAUAGAUACGCGCACUUUCAGAAGACAGAGAUCGAGCAGCUGGUGGGCGAGAUGCUCGAGUCUGGACUCAUCCAGCAUAGCACGAGCCCGUUCUCGUCACUGGUGCUGCUCGCGAAGAAGAAGGAUGACACGUGGCAGUUCUGCACGGACUAUCGCGCUCUCAAUGCAGCUACCGUGAAGGAUCGUUUUCCCAUUCCAA